UCUCGCCAAAGCUCGGUAAAACCUCGCGAGAUCUCGUCUUCGGCAGCGAGAGUUCGGCAUUCGGUGUCCAUUUCCCUCGGCUGUAGGCAUGGAUGUGUUUCUGUGGAUCCGGCGUCACAAGUCAUCCAUAUUCACGGAUGCCAAGGAGUCCACCACAGUGUUAGAACUUAAGAAGAUAAUCGAGGGCAUCAUGAAGAAGGCCCCGGAGGACCAGCGACUGUACAAGGACGACGUAAUCCUGGAGGACAACAAGACGUUGGGAGACUGCGGCUUCACCAGUCAGUCAGCAAAGGCCCAGUCACCGGCCACAGUGGGACUGGCUUUCCGGCAAGAUGAUGGCGAGUUUGAGAAUUUGUUUGUAGCACCCCUGUCAACUCCUCCAGAGCUGCCCGACGUCAUGAAGCCUCAAGAGCAACCAGGCACACAAGACCAGAACGUGCAGUGACUGUAGUAACUCCCGUAGAGAGGCGCUCCGCUCCUGUGGUGCCGCCAAAAAAAUCUGGGCUGGCUGAAUGGAUGGAUGGGCUUUGCCACAAGCAUAGAUUAUCAGUUUGUCAUAUCCAAAAGUUUAAGUAUCAUAGAAGCCCUCUGUAAGGUAUUAGCUUCCUACUGGGCCCUUUAACCAAACAUGUAUCCCUCCUUUGAGGUGGGAAGAUGCCCUUCUGUUUCCAUGUUAAGUUAGAGAGUUUGUUUUAAGAUGUUUAGUGGUAACAUUCUUUAUUAAGCCCAGACUUGUUCCAAACUAUAAAGUUUAACAUUAGUAGCCGAAGCUAUGCUACUUAAGUCCUAUCUAUGUAAUGUUUUGGCGACCCUAAACAUUUACCGGUAAGAAAAUUCAACGGACAAUACUAUGUAGCUCAAAACAAGCUACCCACAUCUUGUGCCUAUUACCACUAAAACAGGACGCAAUGUUAUCCACAAUGCACUCUUUGCCAUCAACAAGCUCUAGUCAUGGUAACAAAAUAUGCUACAGGUUUAGUUGACCAAAGAGAGUACAUGUGCUGAUUUUAAAAUACCUGAUAAAUAUAAUUUUGUUUUCUGUAUAAGAAGUAAUGUCAGAGUUGGGGGUAGUAGUAGUCUUAACCAUUCUACAGCUUGCCUUUAUUUGUUGAAAUGUGUUGGUACUGUACAUAGUCAUGCCCAUGCUAGGAUGCAAACUCAUUUUGUGCUUCAAGCAUGUAGGGGUCUCCCCUUCGUGAAUUUAGCACAUAUUUUGAGAUUUAGGCUUUAAUCCAUUUUUCACAUUGGAAGACAAUUGGAAUAUUUAGCAGGUACCUGAAAGUAAACAGUCUGGUAGUUUGUGCCCUUACCUCAUGCAGUAAAUAAAAUACCAAGUAAACAAUGGAUUGUAGAAGUGAGCUACCACAAACUGGCUGCAGAAUGAUUGGUUGUUCCAGCAUAGACAAUGGAGAAAGUGCAACAUGGCUUAACACUUAUGGCAAGCCUCCUGUUUUGGAACAUGGCAGUUUUGCAAUUCGAGACUAUUUUGUAGAAGCUGGCAGUGUCAUCAGCGGUUCUGGUGGUACUGUGUAACCGACCAGUAGAAGUCAACUUAAAAGGAAUGUAAUACUAAUAGACAAUUCUGCUGCAAAACUGUCACUACCAUUUAUUGGUCAAUGCCCAAGUGUACAGACCAGCUGAUGUUGUGUAGCAAUUCUCAGUUACUGUUCUAUGUAGGAAAUACAAAUGUACUCUGACAUAUGCUGAGGAUAUUGGGUUUGAUGUAAUGCGGGUUAGGGGAAACGGUUGUUUUUUUUAAUCCAAGUAGGUUCUUGUACGAGGGACUAUUUCCCAUGAAUUCAAUGGAUAUUAUUAAUAGGUAGUGGUGAUACAAAAUAUCUUUUUUUUCAUUUGUGCUGGAGUAGUGUAUGUUAUUUGAUGUGGCUGUGGUAUGAGGUAACUACAUUUAGUCAGCUGAAGAUUUCAUGGAGCAGAAUACGGUAGAAGCAGCCAUCUUGUUUUAUUGUCAUCACAAUAACUAUCAGGUAGCUUUCUAUGUUUUUCUUUCACCCUGUCUGUACUAAAUUCAGGCACUCAAAACUGUAGAUCCACAAUGUAAAAAAUACAUCAUUUCCUCACGGUAGACGUUUUUGAGAUGACUAUAUUCAAUUUGAUGGAUGUCUGUUAUUUGGUGAUUUGUUUUACUGUAAAAGCAUGUUGUGCAUGAAAAUUUAUCGAAGAUUCCACUGGAGGUUUCCAUGUCAGGUCCUCUUAUUCAUUCACUCUAUGGCUAAUAAUAUCUUCUUGUAACUGUGUAGCACAAUAAAUUUUGCCUUCCUGUGGAAAGAAA